AUGGAGCCUUUAUAUGAGGAAUACCUAGCAAACCGUGGAACAAUAGUAAAACCUUAUUACUGGCUGAGCUUCUCUCUAGAUUGCUCUAAUUGUCCUUACCAUAUUCGGACAGGGGAAGAAGCAAGAGUUUCCUACACAGAAUUUUAUCAGAUUUUUGGAUUCCCUUAUGGGCCAACAUAUCCUCAAACAAAACACCUGACGUUUUAUGAACUGAAAACUUCUACUGGGAGCCUCGUGCAAAAGGGUCACGCUAGCAGUUGCACGGUGAAUAACACCCAUCCAGAAUCAAUGCUGUUUGAGGCCAAUGGUUAUUUUGACUCUGCCGUAUACAAUAGUGAGGGCAUCAGGCACAUCAUUCUGUAUUCCAAUGCCUCCCCUUGUAAUGAAGCCGACCACUGCUGCAUCGGCAAAAUGUACAACUUCCUGAGAACGUUCCCAGAUGUCACUCUUAGUAUUUACUUCUCUCAGCUCUAUCACACUGACCCCGAUUUUCCGGCCUCGGCGUGGAACCGAGAAGCUCUCCGGAGCCUGGCGAGUCUCUGGCCAAAGGUCACUUUGAGCCCAAUAAGUGGUGGGAUCUGGCAUUUUCUCCUCGACAACUUUGUGAGCGGUGUCCUGGGAGCAACUGUUUUCCAGCCCAUUUUAACUGGGAGAGCGCUGGCUGACAGGCACAAUGCGUAUGAAAUCAAUGCCAUAACAGGAGUGAAACCUUACUUCACCGAUGUCCUUCCCCAGACAAAAGAGGAUCAGAACAUAACCGCGCUGGCAGCUUUAGAGAGCUACCCUUCCCACAGUCCCUUUCCGGGACAGUCUCCUCAAGGAACCAGUGGACAGCCACAACCCGAUCUGACACCAGACCUCAGGGUUCCUGUCGUCUUUGUGCUGGUGCCUUUCAGAGACCUACCGCCAAUCCACGUGGGUCAAAACCCACAUAAACCCGGGAACGUCGUAAGGCACUUAAACACGCCUCAGAUGUCAUUCCAAGAAGCCAAGGACCUCAGCAGGCCUCCCAUCGCAAUGUCAGCGGAGACGGUGGAAAUCACAGAACAGUCUGUAAGUAGCAACAAGGCAGAUGAGAAGAAGAAGAAAAAGAAAGGGAAAAAAUAA